AUGGCCCCAAGAACAAGGAUACACACCAGUGUCCGCGCCGUCAGGACAUUGCUGAAUCCCCCUGAUAUUCCCAUUUCCGCGUUAUUACGCGCAAGAUCCAUACCCAAUCAGCGUUUAGUGAAAGCGCUCGGUAUAUCCAGCACAUUCGUCAGUGAUGACCCAGGCAUCCAUGAUGUCUUCACUCGCGAAGCGAAAGUUCUAAUAACCGCCGUCACCGCGAAAGAUGGAUGGUCGAGGCUCGUUGACGUCACCGAAUCCUGCGUAAACAGGUUCCUUGAUGCAGAAAGCCUCGACUACGCCACCUUCGUGCGAUCUGUCACGCUCAGUGUCGUAUUGGCAGGUCUGCUGGGCACAGAUAUUGAAGAUCUUGACCCUGCGGACGUGGCAUUCGUGACCAAAGCCAUCAAUGAUCGUUGGGCACAAUCCAAAUCGAGCACUGGUCUUACUACGGAAGUGCUCGAUCGUAUCAACCAUCACAUCAUCAGAUGGGCAAUUGCGGUGGUAUAUUCUAACCGCAAUUGUCUGCUGCGCGAUGCAUUUAUGACAUAUAAUGAGAACCCCACUGACGAUCAGUUCCGCGCCUUUGCAAACGAAGGGACAGGCGCGCAGCCUAGUGUAGAGGCGAUCGUCAGUGAGGUUCUCCGACUCCAUCCCCCGACUCGUCACAUCACUCGCGCCGUGGUCGUCCCAUGGUGGAAGCGGCCCUUCGUCCCAUCCGUAGAUGUGGCAGAUGUCGAAGAGGCACAGAAAUCUCUUGUCUUCGGAAGUGAUCCUGAAUCCUUCAAUCCCAUGCGGUUCCACGCGAGCCAUUCCGCUCCUAAGAGGGAUCAGCUGUAUGCCUUCGGGCACGGAAAGCUGAAGUGCGUAGCGGCAAGCUGGGCACCACCAGCUGCAGCUGUCAUCAGCGCGAAAAUCAUGGCCAAGUUGGACGGCGUCGCGUUCACGCUGCAGGAAGGACCUUGCAUUGGGAAACGGGAAGGAUGGGAGGGUUGGUCGAUUGAAAGAGUAUAACGAACGUCAUGUGAUACAUACUGGACUCGUCAGCGUUCGAUUGUCAGCGAUAUAUAGGUUACUUGUACUGUAAGCUAGUCACGGCAGACUUGUGAUUGGCAUGGGAUAUAUAUCAUACUGUGCAUGUGGUAGAGAUUUGUCAGAGUCCACAAGGAGAUUGACAUGAAAGCUAUGCUCGUCUGCAAUGUCACGUCAGUCUUCACAUAACGUACAUAGCCUUCAUGUCAUUUACAUAACAAAUUCCAGGCGAUAUUAGUUCAGUGCAGUACUUGUGAAAGAACAGAGUUUGAAGCAGACUUUCAUAACGUUU